AUGGAAUACACCGAUACGCAUAGAGCACUAGUUCAAGUAUUUAUGGAGAACAAGAUGCUCACUAUACCUGACAUUAAGGAAGUACUGCAGGCUGUCAAUGAAAGUGAUAGAGAGAUAUCCGUCAACGACACCAUCAAACUUAUCAAUGAGAAAUUACAUUUUCUCCAUCUGGAAAUAAAAUCUAUAACACUCCAAGAUACUACGGAAACCGUGUAUUGCUUUGUUAACACAUUACCGGACAAAGUCAUGGAAUUCUCUACUAUUUUCAGCGUCACGGAAAUUACAAUCCUGAAGAAGCUAAUCGAAAUGAUAAUGCUGCAUCGUUCCAAUGAUUCCGAUGAAGAGUAUUAUAUCAGUAGGAAAGAGGCCAUCAUAUUAAUUAGAGAGCAAUCUAGUCUACAGGUGAAUCAAGCGAAUGAUCUGCUCCAUAAAUUGGUGGAGAAUAAAUGGUUCGAACGUCGUGGUGAUAAAUAUACUCUUUCUCCAUUAUGUCUCAUAGAGUUGAAAGAUAUGCUAAUUGAAAAAUAUCAAACUAGAAAGGAAAACGGAAUCGUUAACAUCUGUCAGCUAUGUGAAGGAAUAGUAACUUUAGGUGUCAGGUGCACUUGCUAUAUUCGUCUCCAUCACGACUGUUUCAGAAAGUACAAUGUCAUUAACCCACAAGAAACAUGUCCCAAUGGCCACAAUCUUCCGCAAGGUAUGGUUGGAAAAAUUUUCUACGAAGUACAAGAAAAUGAAACCAACUCAUAA